AUGGAUAUAGAUUCCUCCGUGGAGGGAUCUCCAGAAGAGGGCAUGCGGCGUGGAGCUGCUCACAGAUCUAUGUGUGACACAGCUGACACGGAUCCCAGAGUUCCCAGGAUUUUUAACGGCAUGCAGGUUGCUCCAAAGCCCCUUCCGCGCCGGAGGGUCUCCCUGCUGCCCCCUGCCCGGCAUCGCGAGGGGGCCCCCGCGCCCCAAGCGCUUUUGGCCACCGCCGCGUCCCCCGGGCGAGCAACGGGAGCGCUGCCAACAGUUGCCCCGCGGCGUCUCGUGGCGCUGACCCGCUCGGUCGCCGUCCCCGGCCCGCGGGAAGUUUCUUGCCGCGGGUUUGAAAGCGCCGUGAAGGUGCUCGGCGGAACGCCUGGUGCUGCGGAGUCCGAGCAGGUUUCCCCUCGCGGAGGCCGCUCUAAGCGGAUGCUACAAGUUUGUUUUCUCUCGGCAGUGUUUAUCGAGCACAAGAAGGCCUUCAUAUUAAAAGCUGAUGGCAAGAUAUGGCUCACGCUUGUUUCAGCUGCUUUUGCUGGAGUUGUACAUUGGUGUCAUAUAACAACUCUUUUUGAAAAUGACCGUCACUUUUCUCACCUGUCAACGCUGGAAAGAGAAAUGGCUUUUCGCACCGAAAUGGGUCUUUACUAUUCAUACUUCAAGACUAUUGUUGAGGCACCUUCAUUUUUGAAUGGAGUAUGGGCAAUUAUGAAUGACAAACUAACUGAAUAUCCUUUAGUGAUUAACACUCUACAGAGGUUCAAUCUUUAUCCAGAGGUGGUCCUCGCGAGCUGGUACCGCGUGUACACUACAGUUAUGGAUUACCUGAGCGUUCCCACAAAGAUGUGCUGGACGGUGAACAGAGGCACAGGGCUUAGCCCUGUGGAAAGCUGUGAGGGGCUGGGGGACCCGGCUUCCUUUUAUGUUGCUGUGAUUUUUCUUUUGAAUGGAUUAAUGAUGUCGCUGUUCUUCAUAUAUGGCACAUACCUAAGUGGGAGCCGCCUCGGAGGCCUCGUUACUGUGCUAUGUUACUUUUUCAACCAUGGAGAGUGUACUCGUGUCAUGUGGACUCCACCUCUUCGUGAAAGUUUCUCAUACCCAUUCCUUGUUCUUCAGAUGUUGCUUUUGACCUAUAUUCUCAGGAUUCCGAAUAUUAAUACAGGAAGCUUGAUUGCACUGUGUGUUUCUAAUGUCUUUUUCAUGCUUCCCUGGCAGUUUGCUCAAUUUGUUCUUCUAACACAGAUAGCUUCUUUAUUUGCUGUGUAUGUUAUGGGUUAUAUUGACUCCUGCAAAUUACAGAAGAUACUCUCUGCUCAUAUGGUAUCACUUGUAGUGUGUUUUAUACUGAUGUUUGGUAAUUCAAUGUUAUUGACAUCCUAUUAUGCUGCAUCUUUAGUAGUUAUCUGGGGAAUUCUUGAGUUGAGUCCAAAAUUCUUGAAAAUGAGCAGAAGAGCAAUCAGGUUAUGGGUCAUUGAAGGAUGUGCCUGGAUAGUUGGGACAGUCACCUUGAAAUAUCUGACUUCUUUAGCAUUUGGAAUAUCGGAUGAUGCUCAUAUAGGCAAUCUAUUAAAAGCUAAAUUUACUGGCUACAAGGAUUUUGAUACAUUAAUGUAUACCUGUGCUGCAGAAUUUGACUUCAUGGAAAAAGAGACUCCAGUGAGAUACACAAAGACUCUACUACUACCAGUUGUUCUAGUGGUUUUGAUCGUAAUCAUUAAAAGGGCAGUUAAAUAUCUCGUGUGGACUUUAUCUCAACAAGGUCAAUGUGAAAGAGAGGAACGUUUUAACCACGGUGAGCUGGUGUAUCAUGCAUUGCAGCUGUUGGCAUACAGUGUCUUAGCAAUUUUAAUCAUGAGGCUGAAACUGUUUUUGACACCACACCUUUGUGUUAUGGCUUCCUUAGUGUGUUCAAAGCAGUUGUUUGGGUGGCUCUUCAGUAAAAUCCAGCCCAAAGUAUUGGUCUUUGCCAUGUUAGCAAUUAUGACAAUAGAAGGGUCGUCAAACCUUCAAACUCAAUGGAACAUCAUGGGAGAAUUCAGCAAUCUGCCACAGGAAGAACUUUUAGAAUGGAUAAAGGUCAAUACCAAACAAGAUGCAGUCUUUGCAGGAGCAAUGCCCACAAUGGCAAGCGUUAAACUGUCGGCGCUGCGGCCCAUCGUAAAUCAUCCUCAUUACGAAGAUGCAGGACUGAGGGCCAGAACUAAGAUAGUGUAUUCCAUGUACAGUCGAAAACCUGCAAAAGAAGUAAAAAAAGAAUUGAAAAAGCUGGGAGUGGAUUACUACAUUCUAGAAGAGUCGUGGUGUGUAAGAAGAACCAAGCCUGGUUGCAGUAUGCCUGAAAUUUGGGAUGUAGAAGAUCCUGACAAUAUUGGCAAAAUUCCUCUAUGUAACCUUAUGAUCCAGGAUUCCAGACCGUAUUUUACCACCGUGUUUGAGAACAGCAAUUACAAAGUCUUGAAGGUUUCAAAGGAAUAACGUCUCAGUGCAAAGAACCGUCAGUCUUUCAAUUUUUUUAAUCUAGUAACUAUAAGAAUUCGAAAUCAGAAAUACCUUUUCUACUAAACUUGAAAUGGAAAAAUGCGUAUUUUAUUUUUUACCAUUUUAAAUGAAUUCUGAUUAUAGAAGUAUCUUAAACCUAACAGUUUGGAUUUCUAUUUCAGGGUCAGUCCCUUGAGAUUUGCUAUGCAAAUGAUUAUACGUGUGCACAUUUUAUUUAACACUGAUCCAAAAAAGCUGAAAGUAACUGUGGAAAGAAACUCCAUCUCAAAACCAAUACCAGUGUGGAAUGGGACUGUCAGGAUGUUUUAGCAA